CAGGCAGGGCUUUCCCCCCUGCUCAGACUGGGGCGGAUGAUGGAGCUGGGGCUGGUCCUGGUCCUGCUUGGACUGGAUGGGACUUGCUGAGCUCCCUUGUGGCUCCCUGCCAGGGACCUCCCACCGCUGCCUGUGAUUCUAGCACCAGCACAUCCGCUACAACCCUUUGCGGGACGACUGGGUCCUGGUGUCUGCCCACAGGAUGAAGCGCCCCUGGCAGGGGCAGGUGGAGAAGCCGGUGCAGGAGGAUGUGCCCCGCUAUGACCCGUCCAACCCGCUGUGCCCUGGGGCAACGCGAGCUAAUGGGAAGGUGAAUCCCGAGUAUGAGAGCACCUUUGUCUUCGACAACGACUUCCCUGCACUGGAGCCAGAUGCCCCAGAGCCCGAUGUUGGCGACCACCCCUUGUUCCGAUCAGCCUCUGCCCAAGGAGUUUGCAAGGUGAUGUGCUUCCACCCCUGGUCCGACAUGACGCUGCCGCUCAUGGCGCUGCCCGAGAUCCGGGCAGUGAUUGACAAGUGGGCAGAGCUUGCGGUAGAGCUGGGUGCCACCUACCCCUGGGUACAGAUCUUUGAGAACAAGGGGGCCAUGAUGGGCUGCUCCAACCCGCACCCUCACUGCCAGGUCUGGGCCAGCAACUUCCUGCCCAAUGAGGCACGGCUGGAAGACCGGACACAGCGGGAGCACCUGCAGGCGCACGGCCAGCCCCUGCUGCUGGAGUACGGCCGGCUGGAAGCCCAGAGGAAGGAGCGGCUGGUGGUGGAAAACACUGACUGGCUGGUGGUGGUGCCCUACUGGGCUGUGUGGCCCUUCCAGACCCUGCUCCUGCCCCGGCGCCACGUCACCCGGCUCCAGGACCUCAGCGCCGAUGAGCGAGACAGCCUGGCCUCCAUCAUGAAGAGGCUCCUCACCAAGUAUGACAAUCUCUUCGAGGUCUCCUUUCCUUACUCCAUGGGGUGGCACGGUGCCCCCACGGGCCCCCACCUGGGGGAGGACUGUGGGCACUGGCUGCUCCAUGCCCACUACUACCCACCCCUGCUCCGCUCGGCCUCUGUCCGCAAGUUCAUGGUGGGCUACGAGAUGUUGGCUCAGGCCCAGCGUGACCUGACACCUGAGCAGGCUGCCCAGCGCCUCCGGAGCCUGCCCGAAGAGCACUACCGCACGAGGGCCCAGGCCGCGCAGUGAUGGGGCCGGGGGGCUGCCGGCCUCGGGGCGGAGAUGGCUUGUAUUUGCAUCUCCAGGACUUGCAUUGGAGGGAACUACAUUGCAGCAUGAUGGGAGAAUGGGCUCAGCCCUGCCAACUCGUGUCACUUGUGAGCGGUCCAAGCCCGAGGGCCGUUUCUGGGUGGAGGCUUGGGGCUCCCUGCACUCCUGGCUCCUCUUGAGCCAGGCUCCCAGGCCAUGCUGCUGAACAUAUUUGCUGCUGCUGUUCCUUAACCCCUCGUGCCUGUGCCUGCAGCCGCCCCAUCUCACUCAGGCUCCUGCCAGUCAGUUCUCCCUCUACCUCACCUACCUCUGGGAAGAGCUGCCUGGCUGGGCUGGGGACUAGGAGGGCUCUGUGCCUCUGUCCCCUUCCCCCUGCCUUCCAAUAAACCAUGCAGACCAAA